ACAGGAGGAAACCGGAGGAUGAAUGUUAUUGGUAGCUAAUGUGCAGCUUAUUCUGUAUUCCGCAUCACUUGGUUGUUGAAGACGGAAUUUGUAGAAACGCCGAUUGUGUUGUCGCAAAUAUGGAGGAUAGCCUGUGUGGAGAGACCAAACGAUCUUAAGAGCCUGUGGUCGCUGACUGACUGACCCUGCCCCCCUCUCCUCCUCCCGUCGUCAGGACGGCUACAUAAACCCAGCACUUUAUCACGACCUCUCAUCUCUCUCAGCAUGUCAGGAAGCUUCACUCCAACCCCUGGGGGGCCGUUCUCUGCUCUAACCCCGAGCAUGUGGCCUCAGGAUAUCCUCGCCAAGUACUACCAGAAGGACUCCCCAGACGAGCCGGAGCUGCAGUAUGAUGAGUUUGGGUUCCGGAUUGACAGCGAAGAUGGCGUGGUGCCUCAGGAGGGGCUGAUUUCGGAGGGCUCGCCCCAGCGUGAGGACCCCCAGCAGAGGCUGCGCUGGCAGGCCCACCUGGAGUUCACCCACAACCACACGGUGGGCGACCUGACCUGGGACCUGAUCGCGCCGUGCCUGCCCCGCUCCGAGCGCCUGCGGGCGCUGGUGCUGGGGGGCAUCCCUCACAGCAUGAGGCCUCAGCUGUGGAUGCGUCUGUCGGGGGCCCUGCAGAAAAAGAGGACUUCUGAGAUCUCCUACAGAGAAAUCAUCAAGAACAGCUCCAACGAUGAGACCACUGCCGCCAAGCAGAUUGAGAAGGACCUGCUGCGCACCAUGCCCUCCAAUGCGUGCUUCAGCAGCGUGACGAGCGUGGGCGUGCCCAGGCUGAGGCGGGUUCUACGCGGGCUGGCCUGGCUCUAUCCCGACAUCGGCUACUGCCAGGGCACCGGCAUGGUGGUGUCCUGCCUGCUGCUGUUCCUGGAGGAGGAGGACGUUCUGUGGAUGAUGUGCGCCCUGAUCGAGGAUCUGCUGCCCCCCUCCUACUUCUCCUCCACCCUGCUGGGGGUGCAGACGGACCAGAGGGUCCUGAGGCAGCUGAUUGUGCAGUACCUGCCCCGCCUGGACCGCCUGCUGCAGGAGCAUGACAUCGAGCUGUCCCUGAUCACUCUGCACUGGUUCCUGACCUCAUUCGCCAGCGUGGUGGACAUCCGUAUCCUGCUGCGUAUCUGGGACCUGCUCUUCUACGAGGGCUCCGUGGUGCUCUUCCAGAUCACACUGGGCAUGCUCAAGAUCAAGGAGGAGGAGCUAGUGUCUUCAGAGAACUCGGCCUCCAUUUUCAACACACUAUCCGACCUGCCCAGCCAGCUGGAGGAUGCGGCGACGGUGCUGGGGGAGGCGGUGCGCCUGGCGGGGGCGCUGUCCCAGGAGAACCUGGAGGCGCAGCGUCACAAACACCUGGCCUACAUCCUGGCUGAGCAGGCCCAGCUCAACUCCAACAACUCCCAGACACUCAGCACCAACCUCAACAAGGUUGUCCGCAGACAGAGCCUACGCAGGAAGUCGACUCUCAGCUCCCUGCUGUUUGGGGAGGACGAGGCCGAGGCCCUGAAGGCCAAGAACAUCAAGCAGACGGAGCUGGUGGCAGCUCUGAGAGAGGCCAUUGCUCGAACGGCAGAGCACUUCCACUGCCUGGACCCCCGCAACUGCAGCACGGACCUGACCCCAGACUACUCCAUGGAGAGCCACCAACGGGACCACGAGAACUUUGUGGUGGUGUCCCGUAACCGACGGCGACGGGCCAAGGCCCUGCUGGACUUUGAGCGGCACGACGACGAUGAGCUGGGCUUUCGCAAAAAUGACAUCAUCACCAUCAUUUCACAGAAAGACGAGCACUGCUGGGUGGGAGAGCUCAACGGGCUGAGAGGAUGGUUUCCAGCCAAGUUUGUGGAAAUCCUUGAUGAACGGAGCAAAGAGUACUCCUUGGCAGGGGACGACUCGGUGACGGAAGCAGUCACAGACCUAGUGAGGGGGACGCUGUGUCCGGCCCUGAAGGCCAUCUUCCAGCACGGCCUGAAGAAGCCCUCCAUACUGGGGGGUCCCUGUCACCCCUGGCUUUUCAUAGAGGAGGCAGCCAGCAGAGAGGUGGAGCGGGACUUCAACUCCGUCUACUCCAGACUGGUGCUCUGUAAGACUUACAGGUUAGACGAGGAUGGGAAAGUUCUGACCCCAGAGGAGCUCCUGUACAGAGCGGUGCAGUCUGUGAAUAUGAGCCACGACAGCGCACAUGCCCAGAUGGAUGUCAAGUUCCGCUCCCUGGUCUGCGUGGGCCUGAACGAGCAGGUGCUGCACUUGUGGCUGGAGGUGCUGUGCUCCAGUAUAGCUGCUGUGGAGAAGUGGUACCAGCCCUGGUCCUUCCUGCGCAGUCCUGGCUGGGUCCAGAUCAAGUGUGAACUGAGGGUGCUGUCCAAGUUUGCCUUCAGUCUCUCCCAGGACUGUGAACUACCUACAAAGAGAGAGGAGAAAGAGCAGAGGCCUCUGAAGGAGGGCGUUCAGGACAUGCUAGUCAAACACCAUCUCUUCAGCUGGGACAUUGACGGCUAGACACACCCUCACACCCACACACAGGCAUACACACAUGCUCACAGAAACACAUACUGAAUCAUUGGCUAGAACACUCCCAAAACUGAAUAGAGC